GUAGCUCUAGGCCAGCUGCGGCCGGGAACACGGCAGCUGCCGCUGCCGGCCCUCCCACCAGCAAGACAGGACGCCGUACCAAACGGGUGGACUUCCAGCUGCCUGAGGAAGACGACGAUGACGAAGAGGACGGAAACCGGGCCAGCGCGCAGUCUGAUGACGAUGCAAGUGGUGGCCCCGUCGAGGACGACACCAAGCCCUUGGGAUGGUCAUACUUUCGCAAGCGUGAUGCCAGCGAGGGGCCGGUCAGCUGGGACGAGGUGGACGUGGAGGAGCUGCGGUUUGUGGCGGAGAGCCUUGUACGAAGCACCACCACGCGGGCCAGCCAGCCGGACGAUGAUGUUAUACACCAGAUCUUCCAGGAAGGGGGUCCAGGAGAAAGCGAUGAACUGGUCUCGGACCCCCUGGGCCGGGGCUUCAUCGACCCUGUGACGCUAACCCUGGGCAAGAAGUCCAAGAUGUCCCGGCAGGUGCCGUCAAGCGGCGGUGAAAAGGGGCUCAACGCGACCAUGCGGACCUUCCGCACCGCACGGCUGACUGCCAAGCAGCAGCAGACGCAGGCGAGCUCGGGCGGUGCGGAGGGGUCUCCUGGGGGCAGCGGCCAGGCGGGACCCGCGAGCCCCGGCCUUGACGAGGAGACCCGCAAGGUCUUGCCCAACCAGGAGGGGUUCGAGCCUGAGGCGUACCUGGCGACAUUCCAUGCGGACACAAGCAUGAGCCAGCUGGAGAAGGGCCUCCGCGCCCUCAGCCGCGAGCUCUCCGAGCGCACCGGGCAGCUGAAGCUGCUCAUCCGCAACAACUUUGACCGCUUCAUCAGCUGCAAGGAUGCCAUUGACGACAUCCACGCUAAGCUGCGCAGGAUGCUGGUGCGAGGAGGAGGAGGAGGCGGCGGGGCUGCCGGAUCAGCAGCAGCAGCAGGCGGCAGCGGGGGGUCGUCACAGCCGUCCGCGGCGUUGUCAGCGUUGCAACAGCAGCAGCAAGGCGUUGGCACGGAACGGGUGUUCCGUUCGCUGGAACAGGUAGAGGCGAAUGCUCGGCGCACCUUUGGCCCCAUCCUGGAGCGCGCCACCCGGGCUGACCGCCUGCGCGCCGUGUCGGGACUGCUGCAGCGCUUCGACCACCUGUUCGCCCUGCCGCAGCGGGUGCUGGAGCUGGCGAGCAGGGGAGAGCUGGAGCAGGUGGUUCGGGAGUACAGGCGAGUCAACAUGUUGAUCCGACCAACCGCCACGACGGCGCGGGUGUGGAUCAGCUUGUACGCCGAGAUUGAAAAGCGCAUCACCGAGGUGUACAUGGUGGUGAAGCAGCUGGUUUCGGAGCCGCCACCCGAGGGGCGACCCAUGGGUCAGGACGGCCCCGCCAGCCUGUUCGCGGUCACGCCCAGCGGUGCUGCGUCGGCUGUUGGAGGCUCAGCGGACAGGGGCGAUGACAGUACGCAGGAACGGCUGCACCACCUGCCCGACUACUUGUUGUUCAUGACACUCGUGCGGCAGGAGCGUCUGCCGGUUGCUCGUGACGAGGACGCCAUGCGACUGUAUGUCAGCCGUCUGGCGGCCCACGUGGAGGAGCGAAUCCAGGCAUGCGACAAGCGCCACACGGAGCAGCUGGGGCAGCUGGUGACCCUCUGGAUGAAGGCAACAGCGGGCCCUGCAGGCGCCGGAAGCAGCAGCAGCAGCUCCGGCGCCGGCGCGUCCUCAACCCUGUCGCAGCAAAUGCGGCCUGCUGCUAGCGCGAUAGCCUCCCUGCAGGCGUCCAUCGCUUCCGUGGGAGCCAAGGCCACGGCGGAUUCAUCUGGCCAGGGGACGGGACAGGGGCAGCGCAACGGCAGGACGGAUGGAGAGGGCAGGACGGCUGCGGAGCUGGAGGCAGGUGGCGGGGAGGGCACAGAAGAGGGUGAUGAGGACGAUGAGGAGGAUGGUGACAGUUUGGAUGAGGAGGCCGAGGCAGCUGAGGCGGUGUUUCUGCUCUGGCCAGGCGUAUCAGACCAGUACGCAGGGGCAGCUGCAGCAACAGCUUCUGCGUCCUCUCUCGGUACGGCACCUCUGCCGUACCAUAUUCGCAGGGAGCUUCCUCGGCUCGUACAGGACCCGGGGGGGUCGUCCGGUGGCGUGCCCCCCGCCGCCUCUACUGUUCUCACAGGUUUCGGAUUGUACGACGAUGUUGUGAACGGCAGGUCUAUGCUAAUGGGAGGUGGCGGCAGCGCUAGCGCUAGCGACCUGUUGCUGCCGCAGCAGCUUCCGGCUUCAGCGCAUGCUCCGGAACCACAGCUAACGCCGGGGCAGCGGCAGUGGGUGUCGUACGUUUGUUCGGUUUCGGCGCUGUUGCUGUGGAGCCUGCCGGGGCUAUGGGCCACAUGCAACAGCCCAAAGUACGGCAGCCAUGCGGACUUGGACGAGCAGUCCAGGGAGGGGUUGCAGCGCGGGACUUCGCUGGCACGCCGGAUGGUGGAGUCGCUGUGUGGCAAGUACGUCUCGCGUUUAAGGCGGGCAGUCCAGUCGCUAGUGCGUGCGGGCGCCAUGCAGCCGGGCCUCCCCCUGCUCAUCAAGGACGCAUGCCACCUGUGGUCCUCGCUGCGGCGAGUGGGCGUGUCCGGCCGCACGCUUGCCGUCCUGCGUGGCGGCGUGUUGGCGGCGCUGGGGUCGCACGUGCGGCUGCUGGGGCGGCAGCUGGGGGAGCUGCCGGGGCGGCUACUGGCGGCGGAUGAUUUCCGGUUAGACUUGCUGGCGGCGGACCAGCAACCCCUCACCGUGCUGCCUCGCAGGCUGGAGGAGGAGCUGGGAGUGGCGCUGCUGCACUUCCACUGGCCGCUGCGGGCGGUAGUGGAGGCGGCGGGGGGCGUGGAGGAGGUGCCGCCGGAGCCGGGGUGGAAGCCCAUGCAGAGCUCGGUGUUCGCAUGCUUUUCGCUGCUCAGCGAGGCGAUGGCCGAGUACGCGCGUGGACUGUACGGCAGGACACCUGGACGGUCAGCAGCUGGUUCAGGUGCAGGCGAUGGCGCCCAUGCUGCGGCCGGACCCAACAGGCGCCGGGUAACCUUCGCACUGUCCGAAGGCGGAAGCAGCCCCCGUAGCAACAACGAUGCCGGUGACGACACGCAAGGCGCCAUUAGCGGAGGCGGCAUUGCUGACGACGGGACAGUGACCCGUGGGUCGCUUUGGGCCGCAGCCACAAGCGGCAGCGGCGAGGACGUGCGGCUGCUGUUGGUGAUUAGCAACUCGGCGGUGAUUCGCACGCGCGUCAUGCCGGGAGUGGUGGAACGCUACCGUCGAAUUCUGGCUCCCACGCCCGACGCCGCAUCCACCUGCUCCCGGCGGUUGCGUGACCUCACCUCCUCCAUGCGCCGCGCCAACGAAGCCCUGGGCGCCACCUACCUAGCCCGAAAGGAAGCCACCCUGGCGGCCGCAGUGCGGCGAUACGUGGCGGAGGAGACAGCGGGGCCGCAGCAUGGCCAAGCGUCCCUGCAGCAGCAGCCAGCAGCAGCAGUGGCUGAAGCGGGAGGAGCAGGAGGAGGCGCGCCGCUGCUUGCGGGCCCCGCGGGUCCAAGUGGCGGGUGCUGUGCGCUGCUGCAGCUGCUGACGGCGACACACAAUGAGGCGCUGGCGUACUCGCCGAGCAACCUGCGUUCCUUCAUGGAGGCCCUGGCUGAGCACCUGGUGGAGCAGCUGGGGCGAGCUCACCAGCUGCUGGCGGCCGCGGCAACACACGCCCCCAGCACCGCCGCUGCCAGGACCGCAUCCGGCAGCAAACACCAGGCUGGCAGCGGAGGCGGUGGUGCCAGUGUGGAGCAGGUUGUGCAGCUCUGGGCGGAUGCGGCCUUCCUGGCGGAGGUGUUGCGGCCGCUGCUGAGCGCGUCUCUGGUGGCGGAGUUGGAGGAGGCCAAGGUGGUGCUGGGCUCCGCUAUCGCUGCCCGCCAGCGCUCCCGCCGCUACCGCCCCGCCUCCACACCCGCAGCAGCAGUGGCUGGGCUGCGCGACGGCGAGGCUAUCAGCGCUGCGCUGCAGGAGCUGCUGGGUGGGGAGGUGCAGGCCUGGCUGCGGCGCCACGCUCUCAACGUACGUUGCUUCGCAGCGGCAGCAGCGACAAGCGGCGGUGCCACUGCUGCAUCUGCAGCAGCGGCGGUGAGGGGACCAGCUGGCAACACCAAAGGAGGAGCAGCGGCAGGGGCUGCGCCGUCGGCCGCUGUAGCCGGCGGCCGAGCGCAGCGCCUGGCUGCUGCUGCUGCGUCUUCCUCGGUGGCGGUGGCAGCAGCAGAGCCUGGUGAGACCUCCCGGCCUGCUAGGAGCCGCCGAGGAGCAGCUGCGUAGCUGGUUGCUGAGGCGUGGGCGUACAUAGGGGCACCCCGCUCUCACGGCGCUUUGGGGGGUUGGCGCCCUCAGUAACUCAGAUAUAUAGUUACUGGGCGCUGGGGGCGGUGGUUAGGAGCGGGGCAGCAGUACGCCAGUGUGGGGCGCUGGGGGCGUGCUUGCGGUUGUGUUACAGGAGCACGUGGUUGUGCGAAGUGCGCUGAAGUUGCGGGGCCGUAUGGGGUCAAGCGGCCAACCACUGGGAUAGGGGUUCGGAGGCAUGCCCGGGGCUAUGCAUGCUGCAUGCAUGCAUGCAUGCACCCCACUUCCUAGACGUACAGCGGUUUGGGCGGAUGCGCGGCAGUGCCCGAAACAGCGUCAUGCAUAGGAGGACGGCAACCUUGCGAUAAUUAAGGUGUAGUGGAGGGUAGUAGUGGGAACCAACGGAGGCAGCUCGAGGGCACCAGGGGACGGUCUGCGGGUAGGCGGGUAGCAAUGCAGCCGUGUACUAGAGCUCUUCUGAAGCAAAGGUCGGGGAGUGUGGGCAAGGACCGGAUGCUCUACCGGUAUAUGCCAAGGCAUGGGUGAAAGGUUGGAAAGUACCGUCGUACGUAUACUUAGACGCGUGUGAUAUGUUUAGAUGCGUGUAUGCGUGUGACUGAGCGAGCAUUGCAGCGAUGUGUCCAGUGUCCCUAUGUUUUCAUUUGACCGAAACCCGAACAUUUCAUUCUUGCACGAAUGUGCAGUAAGCGCUUAAGUGCUGGGGCACGACUGCUUGGGACGGCC